AAGCAGCCUGUCCAUAGCAGGAGCAAUGUGAGAUUCUCACGGUUGGUUAAGGGGGCUGCACAGAGCUGUGUGACUGCUGAACUGACUUCAUGGUACCUGAGAGACCCCAGUCUCUGAGGAUCUUUUUUUUGAGGGGGUUUCUCGAGCUGUUGACAUUUUAAAAGCUGUUUGAAAAUGGAAGCGGACUCGCUUGUAGUAGACACGAUGACAUUCAGAUCUCACUGAUCUGACUCUGCACACCAGUGGUCAGAAUGCUUCUUCCCUUGGUGAUUUCUUGCUGAUGGCCUCUGGAUCGGAAAGAUGCUACUGAGGAAAAGCUUCUGAAGGAUUAUGGUAGGCGCUUGAGAGGGAAGGGGUUUUGGUGCCUGUGAUGUUGAGAUGGAUUGAUGAAGCUGCAGCAAUGGGUUGUAGCUCGUCAGCUGUGAUGGAAAACCAGCCAAGAAGAUCUGACAGAGUUACUUCCCGUCCAGAUGAGGUGGUAAAGAUUCCAUCUCCUUUUGCAGCCAUUAAAGCAGCCAUACUGAUUCAGGGCUGGUACCGUCGCUAUGUGGCACAAAUGGAAAUGAGGCGUCGCUACACAUGGAGUAUUUUUCAAUCUAUUGAGUAUGCUGGAGAACAAGACCAACUACAGCUGUCUCACUUCUUUAGUUUUCUAAUGGAUCACUAUGCUCAGCUCAGCGGGGCGAGCAGUGACUUGCUUUCCCAGCUCUUGACUCCAUCAGGACACAUAUGUGACAAUUCAGAGACUGUCAAAGUGCCGGAAUAUAAAAGCAUCAAGGUUCCUGAUUCCUAUACGGGGCUUCGACUCUCUUUCCCCCUCACAGCUAUGGAUGCCAGUGCAUUACUUAAAGCAUUCAAACAACAGCAACAGCUUCACAGUCACUAUGUGUUACAGCUCUUGCAUGAGACCAGAAAGUCCCUUAGACAGAUGCCUAACAUCAAUCACAUCUCAACAUUUUACUCCAAGGAGAUUACAGUUUGCGGAGACUUGCAUGGAAAACUAGAUGACUUGCUGCUAAUAUUCUACAAGAAUGGCCUACCCAGCCCAGAGAAGCCUUACGUGUUUAAUGGGGACUUUGUUGACAGAGGGAAGAAUUCAAUGGAGGUUAUAAUUCUCCUGUUUGCAUUUCUCCUGAUUUAUCCAAAAGAUUUGCAUUUAAACAGAGGAAAUCACGAGGAUCAUAUUAUGAAUUUAAGGUAUGGUUUCACAAAAGAAGUUAUGCAAAAGUAUAAGUUACACGGGAAAAAGAUCCUUCACCUUAUACAAGAUGUGUUCAGUUGGCUGCCAUUAGCUACAAUAAUUGAUUCGAAGGUGCUGGUUGUCCAUGGAGGGAUCUCAGACACAACUGACCUGGAUUUUCUAGCUUCAAUAGACAGACACAGGUUUAAGUCGGCACUCAGGCCACAAGCCAGAAGUUCGGAAAAUUCGAAUGAGAAAAGCCAAGGGAAGUUGGGCUUCAAGGCACAAGCUUCAGAAAUGCUGGACAGGAAUGGGAUUGUCCAAGAAAGUCUUCUGAAAAUGCCCAGCAACUCAAAGAUUGAUCAUUACGCCUUCCAAAGACUGAGGCUUGGAUCAGAACCAUCUUCCUCAGUGUCAAGUGGCAGCAAGUUGAAUGGUGGCCAACAUUACACGAGCGAGAAAGAAAUGCUCUCAAAUGAUUCAAAAUGCUGUCAGGAUCUGUUGUUAGGCAGUAAAAAGGAUGAGGGCACACAGAACAAUGCGCAUGACUCCGCUACCAUCCUUGAAGUGUCUUGCCUGGACUGUCAAGUGGCAUUUCCUAAAGAGCCAUUGAGGGAUGAGAUGGAGUGGAAGCAGAUUGUGGACAUUCUGUGGAGUGACCCUCGAAAUUUAACUGGCUGUAUCCCAAACAGCUUCCGAGGGGGGGGCUGUUAUUUUGGUCAAGAUGUGACGGAGUGGAUGCUGAAGAAAUACAAUUUAAAGCUGCUGAUAAGAUCACAUGAAUGUAAACAGGAGGGAUAUGAACUGUGCCAUAAUGGAAAGGUUAUCACCAUUUUCUCUGCCUCAAAUUACUAUGAGGAGGGCAGUAAUCGAGGGGCUUAUGUCAAACUUGGCCCUGACCUAGUGCCUCGCUUUGUUCAGUAUCGAGUUAGUAAAUGUACAAGGAAGCUGACUCUUCAGCAGAGAGUGAGUGUGGUUGAAGCUUCUGCCCUGAAGUCCUUGCGUGAAAAGUUUUAUGCGCACAAAUCUGAAGUUAUUGAUGCCUUCAAGCAAUAUGAUAAAGAUCACACAGGAAAGAUUUCGACUAGUCAGUGGGCUUUGGCUGUGGAAUCGGUGCUACAUUUACACCUCCCCUGGAGGACCCUACGCUCUAGACUGGUACGGGUCACUGCCGAAGGUAAUGUGGAAUACCUCUCGAGCUUUGAAGACCUUCAUAUUGAGCAGCCAAUGAAAGAGGUUCAACCAAACUUGAUUGAAACCUUGUAUAGGCAUCGGGCAGACCUGGAGAUCAUUUUUGGAAUGAUUGAUAAGGAUCACUCAGGAAUGAUCUCCAUUGAGGAAUUCCGCCAGACCUGGAGACUGUUCAGUUCCCAUCUACACAUCAGUAUGGACGAUCAGUGUAUUGACGAUUUAGCUCGCAGCAUUGACUUCAACAAGGACGGCAGCAUAGAUUUCAACGAGUUCCUGGAGGCUUUCCGUUUAGUACAGAGGGAUAAUCAAUAACCUUAUAAACAGUGAAUGCAAAGACAAUGUAAAUAUUCACUAGGUGGUACUUUGUUUGUGUCCAGUUUCAUAUAUAAAUAUUCAUCUGUAAGAAUUUUUUAAUGUUAAUAUGCAUGAAAUGUAAAUAACUUUAGUGUAAUAAAUGAAGAUAUUUUGUUCCAA